CCGCCGCGGCUAGCUCUCCUGUUCCAGCUGGAGCUCCGGUAAAGCGGGAGCGGCGUCGAGGGCAAGUCGCGAGCCCGGCGCCCAGGGAGACUCCCGCCCCCCCUCCCCCCCCGGUAUGCCGCACUGGCUGCGGAGCGUCGCCCGCGGGGCAUAACUCCCUGCCAACCCUCACGGCGCACGCCGCCUCUGGUCGUUAGUGGCGGCUGGUUGGUAGCGGCGGCUCGUCGUACUCGCUUCCCCAACACACGGGCCGCUCGGCCGGGAAAGCGGGAGUGGGGAGGGGGGGAAAGAGAGCCGGCGUCGGAUGUUCGCGUUACGCCACGCCGGUGCUGCGUUUGAGGCCUGGGCUCGCCAGCGAGCAGAUCCGGAAGAGAAUGGUUUUGACUGAAAAAAUGAGGAACUGGAAGACUGCUUGUUGCCUUCAUUAAAAUGGAUUCUUUAUUAUUAGAGUAAUUUAAGUUCCUUGAAACUGUACUACAGCUCUUCUAUCUACAUAAAAAUGAGCGAAGUGCAAGCAAUGGUAGAAUUCUCUGUGGAACUCCACAAAUUUUAUAAUGUGGAUUUGUUUCAAAGAGGAUUCUAUCAAAUUCGUGCAUCUAUGAAAAUUCCUCCAAGAAUACCACACAAAAUUGAAGCAAGCUUAUUACGGGCAACUAGUGCUGAUCUUGCCUUCCCAGCUUCUGUCCAUGACAAUGUAGUCUGCAGUAAAACAUUUCAGAUUCUCUAUAAAAAUGAAGAGGUCUGUGUGAAUGAUGCAAUGAUCUUCAAAAUUAAAAUGCUAUUGGAUGAAAGAAAGAUUGAAGAGUCUCUAAAUGAAAUGAAUUUCCUACUGUCUUUAGAUCUGCACUUCACAGAUACAGAUUAUUCACCAGAGGACCUGAACACUUUGCAGCUAAUUAGCAGCCGAACGCUAAAGUUGCACUUUACUUUACACAGAGGCCUUCAUCACUACGUUAAUGUUAUGUUUGAUUACUUUCACCUUUCUGUCAUCUCUGCUAUAGUGCAUGCCUCUUUAGUUGCUCUUCAUCAGCCAUUGAUAAGCUUUCCUCGCCCUAUAAAGAAUACUUGGUUAAACAGAAAUGCACCAGCACAGAGCAGGGAUUCUGUGAUUCCUUCUCUUGAAAGUGUUGUCUUUGGCAACAAUUACACCAAGCAAUUAUCAGCUGAUGGUUGCAGGUUUGUAAUAGCAGAGCCUUUCUUGAAUCAUGCUUACAGUCUUCACCAUACACUUUGUGCCAGUUUGCUGCUCGCUUUCAAAGGAUUACACAGUUAUUUUACCAAUUUAUCAAAUGAACUGCCUUCUUGUCACAAAUUAGAUGCAGCCAAGUCCAGCAUGCAGGUCCUUUAUGAACGUCUUCUCAGAAGAAAAUAUCUACGAAUCCAGGGAGACGCCUAUCUAGAGAACGUAGAUGUAGAUGUAGAAGCACGCCUUUUGGAACUCUGUGAAGAAAUAAAGAAAAUGGAAAAUCCUGAUGAACUGGCAGAACUUAUAAACAUGAAUCUUGCACAGCUGUGCUCUCUCUUGAUGGCUUUAUGGGGACAAUUUCUGGAAUCUGUUAACUUCCAAGAUGAUGUCAUUGCACUAUUAUCACAAGAGCACCAUAUAAUGCGUGUACGCAGAUUUUCUGAAGCUUUUUUUUGUUUUGAACAUCCUCGGGAGGCAGCCCUUGCAUAUCAAGAGCUUCAUGCCCAGAGUUACCUUCAGAUGUGUACUGCAAUAAAAAGCACUUCAUUCUGUAGUUCUCUCCCACCUCUCCCAAUUGAAUGCAGUGAAUUAGAUGGAGAUCUGAAUUCCUUACCUAUAAUCUUUGAAGAUCGGUAUCUAGAUUCUGUCACUGAAGACGUGGAUGUUCCCUGGCUAACUAUUCAGCCAAAGUCUGAUUCCAAGAAACCAGAUAAACAAGAUACUGAAGAUAAUUUCACAGCUACCUUUUUGAGUCCAGAGUUGAAAAACAAGCAUUUGGUUGCCUCAGAAAGUGAAAAGCAGUUUACAAAGUCCACAAAAGGAAAAUGUGAAGAUAUCAAUAAGUCCAAAGUUAAGGUUACCAAAUUAAUAAAAACAAUUAAACCUGAAAAUCCAAAAAAAGUAGUAAAACAAAAUUCUAAAGAUUCUGUUGUCCUAGUAGGCUAUAAAUGUUUGAAAAGUGCAGCACCAGAGGACAUAGCCAAGUGUUUUGAAGGAACUUCUUCAUACAACGAGAAAGAAGGAUUGGAUAUUACUACUGUUGGUGAACAUGUCUGUGAUGCAAAAACCUCCCCACAACAAGUUGGUCAAAAGGAAUUUAAAGUUGAACAAAAAGUUAUUAAACUAGAAGAGAAUGAGGAAAACUUGCAUACUUCUGUCACAUCUCCCUGUGCAGAUUCAGUCAGUUUGGGUACAUUUUAUACCUCCCAGACUGGAAUUGAUGACAGUCAUGAGGAUAGCAGCUUGACAUCCAGAACUGUUGCUGAAAAAUAUAUUAGUUCCUCUGGAGUUACAAAAAUAGAAGUGAAACCAUACUGUAGGAAAUCACAUGGAGGAGAUAAAGUGUUUGUUCGAAUUGGAUCAGGGAAAACAGCAGAACUUACAUUUGAAGGUUCAGAAUCAGAAAACAGAUCUAAAUCAGAAGAGGAACUAUCACUCGAAACAAAAGUUGUGCAAGAAACAGACUUCCAGCAUGCUGAGGAUUCUUUAACCACAGCUAAUCAAUCAACAAAAGACAUUCCCACUACAAUUUUAAGUGGAGAGACUCUUAAAUUGCCUGAUGUUAAUAAUACCUAUGCAUCAUCUAGGUUCUCGGAUUCUGGUGUAGAAAGUGAGCCAAGUUCUUUUGCAAUGCAUCCAAGUGCAGAUACAGCUUUUGAAACUCCUCAAGGCCAAAGCAUGUGCAACAGUGAAAAAGCAUUUCCUCAACUUGUGCAAAAACCAGAUGUCAUUAUUAAAACCCUGAUGGAAAGUCACUGUACUGAGAGCACAAGCGCAGUUAGUGAAAUACAAUCUUCUCUGACAUCUAUAAACUCUCUCCCUUCUGAUGACGAUCUUUCCCCUGAGGAAAAUUCAAAGAUAUCCGUUUUACACGAAUGCCAAUUAAGGGACAGUGAAACGGUAUUAGACUUGGGAACAAUUGAUUUGACAAAAUGUGAUGAUAUUGAUGAGCCCGAUAUUUUGCCACCUCACUGUAUAACAUAUUUUGAACAAUCAGACAAUGAAACUUCAUGUUUGCCUUCCUUAACCUCAAAAAUCAAGGAUCCUCAACAGCUGGUUGAAGAUACAGCUACAGCUAUGAAUGCUCACGGCUCACAAUUCAGUUUAGACAAUACAUGUAAAGAUUCCCAAAGAUUAGAGGAAGAAAAAUCAAGUGAAAUUCCUUCGGCAAUUGUUUAUCCAGGAAACUCCUGUGUUGUUUCAGGUUCUGUAAGUUCCUGUGCUGAUAGUAUGAGAAACACAAGUGAAAGGAAUAUUGAUAAAAUGUUAGAACAAAAAGAAAUAACUGAUAAGUUAUUCAUUACAAAAAAUCAAAAUCUUACACACUUGAAGGUCCCCUCGUUAGAAGGUAGUACUGAUAUAUUAAAGCAAGGACUUGUUGAAAACUACUUCGGCUAUCAGAAUAGUACAGAGAUUUGCAAUGUACAUUCUAUUGACAGCAAUCUUGUUAGCCCUCAAAGGGGAACCUUAUGUUCUGCUUCUCCACAGGAGGAGGAAGAAGAGGCUCAAGAUCAAAGCAUGGUGGAAAAUGGUUAUUUUGAGGAAGCAGAAGAUGGCCUUUUGUACAAAACUAUAAAUGAUUGUCUUGAGAACUUUGAUCUAACAAGUGAAAGAGGUUUAAGAAUAGAAAGUUUGUCUAAUGAACUUUUGGGAAAUGAGACAAAUACAGCUCCAUUAUGCAAGCCAGAUAAUUUGAUUUUUCCUCCAGUCUUGAAAGGAUAUCCAAGUAGCAAUUUAUGGUCCACCCAGGAUAAAUCCAGUUCUUUUUCCAAGCAGUCCAGCACCUCCUCCUGUAGUGCAAUUUUAUCUGUUCCCUGGUAUGAAUAUUCUCCCAAACCACAAAUGCUAGCAUUCCUUCAUGCUAAAGAAGAAUUGAAGCAACUUCAGCUUCCCGGAUUCAUGUACAGUGAUGUUUCCAGUUUAGCAUCUUCCAUGCCUUAUUUCAGCACAGAAGAAGAAAAUUCAGAAGAUGGAAUACAUCUCAUUAUCUGUGUGCAUGGCCUAGAUGGUAAUAGUGCCGAUUUAAGAUUAGUAAAAACUUACAUUGAACUUGGUCUUCCAGGAGGUCGAAUAGAUUUUCUGAUGUCUGAGAGAAAUCAGGUAAAUGACACAUUUGCUGAUUUUGAUUCAAUGACAGAUCGCCUUUUGGAUGAAAUAAUCCAAUAUAUUCAAAUUUACAAUCUAACAAUUUCAAAAAUCAGUUUUAUUGGACAUUCACUGGGUAAUUUAAUAAUCCGUUCAGUACUCACAAGACCUAGGUUUAGGUAUUACCUCAAUAAACUUUAUACCUUCCUUUCUCUGUCUGGACCACAUCUUGGUACGCUCUACAACAGCAGUGCUCUUGUUAAUACAGGUCUCUGGUUUAUGCAGAAGUGGAAGAAGUCAGGAUCUUUGCUACAGUUGACCUGUCGAGAUCAUUCAGACCCCCGGCAAACCUUCUUAUACAAACUUAGUAGAAAAGCAGGUCUUCAGUAUUUCAAAAAUAUAAUAUUAGUAGGGUCCCUGCAAGAUCGUUACGUUCCUUAUCAUUCUGCCCGCAUUGAGAUGUGCAAAACAGCUUUGAAAGAUAAACAGACAGGACCAAUAUAUGCUGAAAUGAUCCAGAAUAUGCUUCUGCCUGUUCUUCAAAGCAAGGACUGCAAUUUAAUUCGAUACAAUGUGCAUUGUGCACUGCCAAACACAGCUGAUUCUCUCAUAGGAAGAGCUGCACACAUUGCUGUUUUGGAUUCAGACAUAUUUUUGGAAAAGUUUUUUCUGGUUGCUGCCCUAAAAUAUUUCCAGUAGGAAUAAAAACAUUGUAACAGA